GCAGUUAAUCUUGCAAAGAGUCGGUUACAGCUCAUAAUCAGAGGAUGGAUUUGAAACAGGUUCUCAUAUUUGUACUAUUUAUCCUGCCCGCAUGGACGUCGAAGAUGUUCCGAUGCUAUAGCGACACCGAGCUGAAGGAAGUGGCCAACAGGAAGCUGAGGAGGCACUACAUACAGGCUACGGAGCCAGCACGGACGCCGGCUGCUGGCUCAAAUUACUCCUGUCCCCUGGAUCUUUACAAGACGUUUCCUUUACUGGAGCAACGAGACAGGUCCCUGUCCCCGUGGAGAUACGUAACUCUCAUCAAGGAGGAUCACUUUCCCUCUGAAUAUGUCACUGCUCAGUGCCUGUGUUCAGGAUGCAUCCAGCUCAAAAACAAUAAAAUGAUUGAGGACGAUGACUACAACUCAGCCCCCAUAGUCCAGAACAAAGUGUUUUACAAAAAGAAGCUCUGCGAUGAUAAGAAGACAUAUCGUCUGAGUCCAGUGAAUGUGGAAGUAGCUGUAGGGUGUACCUGUGUCAGACCCCAAAGUUCCCUAGAGAAGAACACCCCCAGACCUGCUUUUGCAUGACACACUACAUGCUAAAAUACACCAAGUCUGAGUUAGAGGUGUCAAGUCCUGCAGUGUGCUCAUAGUGAGCAGGCUGUGGCUUAGAAGGAACAUCCCUGAGUUAUUUAAUGAGGCUUCAAAGGUCACA